GCGUCCUUAUCCGUCCGCCCUAUAAAUACCCACCACCUCAUCUUCUUCUCCAUCUUCUUCCUCAUCACCAUUCCCUCUCUUCACUCUCUUCACAGUCUUGCACAGACCAGACCAGACAAAGACUCCGAGUCCAUCGCGCUCUCUCUCUCUCUCUCGCGCCCAGAAUGUUGUUCAAUCACAAGCUCAGAUCAUCCUCCCCUUGCCUCCUCUUCUGCUGCUUCCACGACGGCGACGCCGCCGUCUACCAGGAGGCCGCCGCCUCAGGCUGCGACGACGACGGCAACCGCCGCAGGGCUACUCGGUCGCCCCGCUCGUGGCUGCUCUCGACGGCCCAGGAGCUCCCGCUGCCGGAGAUCCGGUACAAGUGCCGGAGCCUCAUCGCCCGGAUCGGGCGGUGCCGGAGGCAGGGCCACGUCGCGGCCCCAGAGUUCGGGUACGAUCCGAUGAGCUACGCGCUCAACUUCGAGGACGACCGGAGCCGGGAGUCGGACGAGGAGUUCCCGGAGAGGAACUUCUCGGCGAGGCUGCCGGUGUCGCCGGAUCGGUUGCUGCCGGCGAAGAUGCCGAGGGAGGUCGUAGCGUGCAGCUGAAGUCCUCUUCUCUAAAAAGAUCCUUUUUCAUUUUGAUCCGCAGUGCCCGUACAAACUGUAGAUUCCGAGAUCUAAAAUUAAUGGAGAAAUCUGAUUCGA